AUGUGGGAACAGUCCCCGGAAUCGAUGGCGCAGCCACUGCCGGAUAAGCCAUACGAUGCGAUUAUCACCAAGCGUCAAAACGAAAAAACCCAAACUGACAUCACCUGCAAUAACUGCCACCAAACAGGUCAUCGCGCUUCUGAUUGCACAGAGCCCCGCCCCUGUACAGAAUGCGGUGAAGUUGGCCAUUGGAGGAAAGAAUGUCCCAACCGCCGUUGCAAGUGGUGCGACAAGACAGAUCAUUUGGCAAACGAGUGCCCUGAGGACCUCUGUCUCUGGUGUUUUCAGGUUGGCCACCUUGCUCCAGAGGCAGAGGAGCAGAUCAUUCAAACGCGUGGUCGCUCCAGCCUUCUUGAAGAGUUUAAUGCAAUGGAUGGUGCUCAACCUGGCACUGAUGAUUAUACCUGGGACACUACUCAGACUGGCACUGGUGAUAUCACGAAGGAAGUCGAGGAGGCGAACGGCUGGUGGUAA